AACCAGCAUAGCCUGAGAGAGACUUGUAAUUCAGACUCUUCAAUCUAUGGGGAAAGUCUCUUGCCAUAACAUGGAAUAAAGUUGACAAAUAGAAAAUGACAGCAAGACUUCUAAGAACAACUCUAGCUUUGCUCUUCCUUGGACUCUUUGGGGUACUGGAUGCAACAACAAUAUCAUGCAGAAAUGAAGAAGGUGAACCUGUGGAUUGGUUUACCUUUUAUAAGUUACCUAAAAGGCAAGAAAAGGAAAGUGGAGAGACUGGGUUAGGGUACCUGUACCUAGACUCUACAACUAGAAGCUGGAGGAGGAGUAAGCAACUAAUGAAUACCACCGACAGUGUUUUGGGAAGGACAUUACAACAGCUAUACGAAGCAUAUGCCUCCAAGAGUAACAACACAGCCUAUCUAAUAUAUAAUGACGGAAUCCCUAAAUCUGUGAGUUACAGCAGGAAGUACGGACAUACCAAAGGUUUACUGCUGUGGAACAGAGUCCAGGGGUUCUGGCUGAUUCAUUCUAUUCCCCGGUUCCCUCCAACUCCUGAAGAGGGCUAUGAUUAUCCACCCACGGGGAGACGAAAUGGACAAAACGGCAUCUGCAUAACUUUCAAGUACAACCAGUAUAAAGCAAUAGAUUCUCAACUCCUGAUCUACAACCCAAAUGUCUACAGCUGUUCCAUCCCAGCCAUCUUUCACCAGGAGCUCAUUCACAUGCCCCAGCUGUGCACCAGGUCCAGCUCAUCAGAGAUCCCUGGCCUGCAUCUGGCCACAUUUCAGUCAGCCCAGGGACAAAACUUCCUCCAUUUUGCAAAGUCGGAUUCUUUUCUUGACGACAUCUUUGCAGCUUGGAUGGCUCAACAGUUGAAGACACACUUGCUAACAGAAACCUGGCAGAGGAAGAGACAAGAGCUUCCUUCAAACUGCUCCCUUCCUUACCAUGUCUACAAUGUAAAAGCAAUUAAACUAUCUGGACAAUCUUAUUUUAGUUCUUAUCAGGAUCAUGCCAAAUGGUGUAUUUCCCUAAAGGGUGCCAAAAAUCGCUGGACAUGUAUUGGAGACUUAAAUCGGAGUCCCUACCAAGCCUUCAGAAGUGGAGGAUUUAUUUGUACCCGGAAUAGGUAUAUUUACCAAGCAUUUGAAAGAUUAGUUUUAUAUUAUGAGAAUUGUAACUAA